CUUCGCUUAGAGCUCAAUAAGCCCUUCCAGUCAAUUUGAACAUUACGAACUCAACGACAACAACGAUUUUCGCAAACUCCAAGCACUCGAACACCGCCGACAACAGUCCUCGCCAAAAUCAGACAACAUGUCUCACGAAUCAGUUUGGAUGUCCAGACCCCGUACUUACGGAAAGGGAUCCCGCGAAUGUCGCGUUUGCACCCACAAGGCCGGUUUGAUCCGCAAGUACGGUCUUAACAUCUGCAGACAAUGCUUCAGAGAGAAGGCAGCCGAUAUUGGAUUCGUCAAGCACCGUUAAAUUCACCACACCUUGUAAAUUAACUCAUCGAGAACGGAACGAUACGACCACGAUGGGUUUGUGGAGAGAAUCAAAUUAACAUGGCAUGGAGUUCUGGGCUUUUGCAGGAAAAGGGAUACGAAAGAGGACAUUUAUGGUCAGACUUUAGAGGGCAUUUUCAAAUGAAGGGAGGAACGCUUAUGGACACUCGUGUGCUGAGGCAGCCUUGCGAUGGAUUGUUCUUAAGGUUAUGACACCUUUUCAACUGCAUUGAUCUGGAAUGGAGAUGGUUCUUUUUCCUAGGGUCAUUUGAGCUCGUGUUCAUUUGGCUUCGGCUAGGAAGUAGCUUUCUCGGAAUAUAUCAGGUCGUUUUCCUUGAGAUACUAUGGAUUACUCGGAUUGUGCUUUCUGAACUGAGUGAAUGAGUAUAUCAUAAACAUAGGAGAUUCUAGGUAGGGUGGAAGAUCAAGUGGCCUUUCAUUGGCCCCAAUUUAGUGAGUGAGGAAUCGAUAGGUUAAUACGCAUGGCCCGACUCAAACUCGCCUGGCCGAAUCCACAAUUUUGUCCAUCUGCGAUCAUGAACGCGGCCCAAAAUUUCUCAUAUAUCCUCAUUUCUGGGGUAUCAACGAUUCUCAUCAAUCUACCGAGGACGAAAGAUCCGUCUGCAUACAUGUCUGGCCGAGAUCACAAUUCUGCUCCUACAUUCCCCUAGUAACAGGAUUAUAGCCCUAAUCUUUUUGCCCUUCUGAUUCGUUCAAACAUGCCACACAUUAUCAAGUCAUAAAAUCAUAAAAUAGAACAAUGAUUCGCCUAGGAUACUUGUGCCUGCCAAAAGUGCCAUUUUAGAAG